GUGGGGUUUGGUCUCGGUCCCAAUCAUUACAGCGGUCAACCUGGAAGCCGACAAGCCGACGGGAGGAUUCCCCGAUCGGGAAGCCUGCCGGAGAAUGCUCCCCUGCCCUACAGUAAAGCAGAGAGGGGCGGUUCUAGGAGCGGAUGAAAGACACCACCCACGCCUCUCUUUGUCGGGCAUUGCAUUCAAAAGCUUACUGUCUUUGACAUAUUUAUAGAUUGUUUAUGCUUUGUUUCAUCAAAAAGGCCAAGGCCCAUUUGUUUAUGGUGUCAUGAGAGACAUUCAUUUCCUGGGAAACUGUACCAUCUCCACUUUCUCUCUCUCUCCCGCUCUCCUUUCUUCUCUUUUUCUUUUCCUCACCUAGUUUCUGUCACUCACCAAUUCCCUAUUUCUUUCUGUCUAUCCUCCAUCCAGCCCUCUCUCAUAAUAGUGUACUCCUACUCUCUUGUCUUGUCCUGUUAGUCUUUCCUCUUUCAAUUGGGGACUCUCUUCUUUUCACUUUCCUUGCAAAAGGCUUCUUUUAACUCUGCUCUGCUUUGGGCGUCUGUUCUCUAAGUCAAAAUUCUUCUUCUUCUUCUUCUCCUCCCUCGUCUUCUUCUGUCUUCAUCUUCUCGUGGUGAAGGGAGAUAUCUCGUGUUUAGGAGACAGUAAGAAAGGAAAAGCAUGUCGGGUUCUGCCUUUGCUGCUCCUUCUUCCUUGGACUUAACCAUGGCAGUUGUCAGUUUGAGCUCGAAUCCUAAUUCAGAUAAUGGCCUGGGGAUGAGGGAUUUUGACAUGAACCGCCUGCCCACUGAGAUGGAAGAAGAUGGACCGACAGGCAGUGUGGAGGAUGAUGAAGAAGGAUGCGCACCAAGGAAGAAGCUUCGUCUCACAAAGGAGCAAUCGCGCUUGCUCGAAGCGAGUUUCAGGGAGAACCAAACUCUUAAUCCUAAGCAGAAGGAAGCCCUGGCCCAGAAGUUGAAUCUCAGGUCACGCCAAGUCGAAGUGUGGUUCCAAAACCGCCGAGCGAGGACUAAGUUGAAGCAGACAGAGAUGGAGUGCGAGUAUUUGAAGCGCUGCUUCGGCUCUCUUACAGAGGAGAACAGACGGCUGCAGAGAGAGGUGGAGGAGCUCAGGGCACUCCGAGUCGCUCCUCCCACGGUCAUCUCCCCACACACCUGCGAGCCUCUGCCUGCUGCCACGCUCACUAUGUGCCCCUGCUGCGAGCGCGUCAGCAGCAGCGCCAUGGAGAAGACCGCACCGCCCUUGAGCUUCGCCAAGCCCUCCAUUUUCCCGUCCAGGCAGUCAGCAGCUUGCUAACUCGACCCUUUUUUUCAAGUCCCCAAUACAUAGAAAAGCAAGUACUGUAUGAGAAAGAUGGGGUUGCAGGAUAAGAAACAGGCUAGAUUUAGAGUUUUGACACUGCCUUCACUAAUGGGCUUCUCACCCAAACUGCUUUUUCUCUAUUUUGUUGCUAUCUUCUCUCUUUAGUCCUUCUUUAUGAUUUAGAUUCAGUGUGGAUCUUGUAUUUCUGGAUGUGAUUGUAUAGAUGAUGAAGGGCAAAUGUUAAUUUGUUAAAAUGGUUCUUUAAAAUGGAAUGUGGCCUUUUACAGAGGUUCAGUAAA